AACUGGAGUGCAACCUUGCAAAAUGAGCGCACGCGAGCAACAUCAGAUCUUCGUCAUCGCCCGUCCGGCGCCUGGCCAGCACUACCGCUGCUUUGCCGUCGCGGAAGACCUGUAUCUCUACGGAACCUCGGUCCUCAACACCUGCCUCCGCCUCGUACGCAUCUUUUCCAGCCCUCUAAACAGAGUCCCACUCCAGCAGGAGAUCGCGUUCGCUCGGGAACACUACUCCCAUGAAGGCGCUAAGCAGUUGGAGCACCAGUGCGCGGAGACCAAGCCUGUCCCGUUCCCUUUCGUCGCUGCCUGCCUCGUGUUCGGUGUCGCCAAUAACCCAGACGAUGGCCAAUCCAAGUUCGUCGACCUCCAACCGAUGGGCCACGGGUUUGACCAGUGUAGCCGCAAUGGCGUCACCAUUGUCGACAUCACAGACCUGGACGACAUCCGCUACUGCUUUGCUGCUUUCCAUGACAUGGGGGCUGAGAGGGGAGUGCCUUUGCGCACCCCUCUGUCGGCCAUGGACUACGUGCUGGCCUUCUACGACCCGCAGCACCAGUUCAUGGUCCGCAGCCAAGAAACCUUGAAGGCUCUAAAGGAGUACGGCCUGGUUCAAAUCGAGGCGCUUAAUGACCGCAGGCUUGCUAAAGCAUUGGGCGUCAGCGAGGAGGGUGUCAAGAGCUUCUUGCAUGGCCAAGGGCCUACGGCAGACAAAGACGACAAGACCGCUAUCUCUUUGCGCGAUAUGGCAACCCACAAGCUCCUGCGGGAGCUUCUCCAUGACCCUAGGCCCGAUAUCUCUCUCCUCGAUGUCCCGCUUGCCCUCACCGGCGUCCGCAACGCUGCUCUGGGCUAUUUGAUCGAGCACGCCUCCGAUGUGGCCAAGUGUCCUGCAGGCCCGGCAGUUCUCGCGCUCAUUCUUGCCGGCCAAAACAAGGUUGACCUAUCUCGUUUCCCCGGCCUGACCGCCGAUGGCAUUCGAGAGGUUCUCAGCAGCAAGCGGCUCAAAACGGCCGAGAUCAUCAACCUGUCCGGCACCCAGGCCUUCGACACCAGUGACGACAUCAAAGCCACCAUGAGUGCUCUGGGUCCUAACGUCCGCGAGCUUUACUGUCUGGCCCGUCCUGACCGGGCACAUGACGACAUAUCGGUGGCUCUCGCACUCCGUUCCGGACUCGUCCGAGAUAUCCGCCUCCCCCAGAAGAUUCUCUUGGGCGCGGUGCUUUCCGCCAGCCUCCGGGAUCUUUGUAGCCUCUUCAGCUUGAGGAAUGGCCGCGGCGGCAGCCAAGAGGAUCUAAUCAUCAAAGAGUUGGGACUUGAAGACCUCAACCGGCUCAAACCGAGGGCCCUUAAUGGACGGCCCACCGACCCCAACCUCUCCAGACUGGCCGACCACACAAUUUCCUGCUUUAGCAGCUGCUUGUUCAAGGUCGCCUGUGCUUUCGCCAUGGAGGCGGCAACCGUAACGACGCCGCGCGGAGACGAUGCGGGCGGGACAGCAGCCGCAAGGCCGUCGCUCUGCAGCAUGGAGAUCAACCACCCACCUGCCCACGCCCUACGCACUGGCUUCCGUGAGAGGCUUAAUUUCUUGGACUUUGAGGGGCUACGCGAGCUUCCGCAACCCCUGGGUCCGGACCGGUGGACCGCGAUCAUCGCCUUCAGCAACUCCGAGACCGGCCACGGAAGCGAAAGUAGCCAGGACGCCGGGAGGGUGGUCGGACUCCAUGUGGAGGUGGGCUUUGUUCGUACCCGAAACGGUGCCACGACCCCUCGCCGCCGUGAUGCGUCAAGCUCGCUCAACGAGUUCGAGACAACCCGCAGGACCUGGAGGUUGUGGGGCUGGUCGACUUUGCGCGGGCGUACCAGGCUAUGGCGCCGGAUGGCGUUGCCGAGCGGAUCGCCGAGCUUGAGGAGUUUGGACGUGUUAUGCUUGACAAGGUUAGCGACCACGCCUGCGUCAGCAUCACGACUGCAACGGCAGUAAAAGCGGCGCACCUCAUCCAGGAAUACCUAAAGAAAUGCCCAGCCGAUCGUUAAUACCG